UGACUUGGCAGCCGAAACUCUACAACUGCAAAGGGAUGAAGAUAUGGCUGAAUCCCGGCGUAGGCUCCAUUAAAGCCCCCGGCGGUGCGCUCCGUCGUUCAUCCCCGCCUGCCUUGCGAGCAUCAGUGUGAGAAAAGGCGGCGCAUCCCGGCCAGAGCGGUACUUUGCGUCUGUUGGAGGGGGGCGUUUCGCUGCCCGUCCGGAUCGGGAUGGUCUCCAACUGUGGGACCUGAACGGUGUCACAAAGCCUUCGUGUGUGUGCGUCUCUGUGUCGGCAGCAACAGUAGGAUGAGCUGCCCCAAAGCCUUCUGGGUCAACGUGGACUGACACACACUUACAAAUACAGCAGUCGAUGCAGUCUUCCAGAGGCUCAACCUCCCCGUGGCCGAGAAACCAGCAGCAGCAUGUCUCGCGUCUCCUCCACCGCCAAGCGCUACGCUGGCCCCUCCUACACCAGCCACUACAGCUCCUACAGCUCCUCCCUGAGCCCGGGCCUUAGCUCCUACGGCGAGCGGGACAGGCUGUCCUACAAGUCCACCGCCCCCUCGUCGUCUUCCUCCGCCUCUUCCUCAGGUUACUCCUCCUCCAGCUACCUGAGCAGCUCCGCCGUCCGCAGCCGCAACUACAGCACUUCCUCGGACCCCGACCGGGACCGGGGGCGCACCAUCCCCCGCACCGACAUCCUCGGGAGCAGCAGCAGCAGCAGCAUCGGCCGCCGGAGCGAGAGCCUCAGCAGGACCCCCAUCAAGAGUUACGGGGGGUCGGGACUGAGUGGGGGGUCGGCGUACGGCGGCUACAGCUCCUACUCCUCGUCCUCUGCCCAGUCCAGCUACCUCUCCUCAUCACCGGUGGCCUCCAGCAUCUCACUCAGCCGCCGAAAAUCUGUAUCCCAGAGUGACUUGAGCAGGGACCUGGCCUCUCUGGGCCUCAGUGAUGCCUCGUCAUCCUCCUCCACCCCGUCCUCCUCCACCAGUGCCCUGCGGAGCUACCGCACUCGGACCAGCGACGUGUCCGACUCAUACGGCUCCGGCUCUCGCUACCCGGGCCUGUCUCGGAGCUCCACUCAGGAGGCCCUCUCACGGAGCUCCACCCAGGAGGCCUUCAGCAGCAGCAGCAGCAGCAGAGCCUACGGCUCCUCGACGUGGGAGCCGAGCAGCAACAGCCUGUCCGACUCCCCCACCAGGGACUCCACGAAUUCAAAGAGUGCCCAGGGCCUGGUGGGACUGAAGAACUUAGGAAACACUUGUUUCAUGAACAGUAUCCUGCAGUGUCUCAGCAACACACACAGUCUGCGAGACUACUGCCUGCACAACUCGCACCGCAGAGACCUUAACAACAACAGCCGCACCAACACAGCCCUCAUGGAAGAAUUUGCCAAGCUGAUACAGACCAUGUGGACGUCGUCCAGCAGCGAGGCGGUCAGCCCGUCCGAAUUCAAAACGCAGAUCCAGAGAUACGCCCCGAGAUUUGUCGGAUACAACCAACAGGACGCUCAGGAGUUCCUGCGCUUCCUCCUGGACGGCCUGCACAACGAGGUGAACAGGGUGACGGUCCGGCCGCGAGGCACCGUGGAGGACUUCGACCACCUGCCGGACGAGGAGAAAGGGAAGAAGAUGUGGAGUAAAUACCUGGAGAGAGAAGACAGCAAGAUAGUGGAUCUGUUCGUGGGGCAGCUGAAGAGUUCUCUGACCUGCAGCCACUGUGGAUUCUGCUCCACCGUCUUCGACCCCUUCUGGGAUCUCUCUCUACCUAUCGCUAAGAAGGGCUACGGUGAGGUGAGCCUGAUGGACUGCAUGCGGCUCUUCACCAAAGAGGACGUCCUGGACGGGGACGAGAAGCCGACGUGCUACAGGUGUAAAGCCCGCCGGAGAUGCACCAAGAAGUUCACGAUACAGAAGUUCCCCAAGAUCUUAGUGCUGCACCUGAAACGCUUCUCCGAGGCACGAAGAACCAGCAAACUGUCCACGUUUGUUAACUUCCCCAUGAAGGAUCUGGACCUGCGGGAGUUUGCGUCUGAAAACAGCAUAAACGCGGUGUACAACCUGUAUGCAGUGUCCAACCACUCAGGCACCACGAUGGGCGGUCACUACACAGCCUACUGUCGCAACCCCAGCUCGGGAGAAUGGUACACCUUCAACGACUCCAGAGUAACGCCAAUGUCCUCCAGCCAAGUGCGCAGCAGCGACGCCUACGUCUUGUUCUACGAGCUGGCUUCGUCCUCACGGAUGUGAGGCCGCUGGAGGCCGGCGGGCCGCUGCACCACUCGGAGGACGGGUGGAGGACGGUGGAGAAGAGUGCUGCUGCAGCCGGGCUCUGUUUUUUCUAUAUGGACAUAUCUCUCUCUCUCUCACACACACACUCACACAAACACAUACAUACAUACACAUGAACACACACACACACACACACCCUCUACACUCUGGAAACUCUCUGGAAACCACAGGAACCUGAUCAAGCAGUCCCCCGCACCCCCGUUCUGUCUGUACCCCCGUGUGUGAGUGUGUGUGUGUGUGCGUGUGUGUGUGUGUGAGGCUGACACAGGGCAAUAAUCCCACUGAGCGGCGACCAUGUGACCCCGUCAGAAGCCCCUCUCUAUGCAGCACGAGCCUCAGCUCCCCUCUCCGCCUUCAUCUCCUCGUUUGCCUCGAAACAUUAAAACUGACUUUACUUUUUUUUUUGUUUUUGUUUUUUGCUUCAUGUUUUCUGUUUGUUUGUUUUGCUGGCGGUGGGGGUGUUUUGUCUCGACACGCCCCCCUGUGGACACAGGAUGAACUGUUUGCUGUGUGACUGGUUGGCGUCACAGUGCGAGGAGCUCACAGCCCACCCUCCCGUCGUCUGGUGUUUGCCCCCCCCCCCCCCCCACCUUAUUUCCCCCCCACAUGCACUCCAUCCCCCCUCCUCUUCGUCCUCCCCCUCCUCCUCUCUCUGCUGACACUGUGAGGACGAUCCUCCCACCAGUUUUUGUGUCUCUCCCACGUGUGGCUGCUACUGACGUUUUAAAGUGCUGUGAAGGCCUGAGCGGACACUAACAAGCCCCCCCGCCCCUCCCCUCCCCUCCCCUCCCCCGGCGGUCCAGACGGGCUCUUUUCUUCCUCUCUUGUUUCAUGCCAUUGAACAACAUGGAAAGAAUGUUUUAAAGAAGAA